AGUGAUAUACUCCAAAGCAGAAAUUUAAAAAGAAAUAGAAUAGGAGUGAAUGAAUUGUAUUGUACUCUAUUGUACUUUAUUGUAAUACUUUAUUUAUACCAUGCCUUUUCCCAAAGCUGGGAAUCAAUGUGGCUCACAAGACAAAAAAGAAAUAAAAGUAAAAACACAUGGAGACAGAAACACAAAAAAUGUCUUAAAUGACAUUAAGCAGUUUAUAGAAUUGAGAUCCUUUAAAGCAUCCCAAUUUAAAAGCAGAGGAUAAAAAAGAAGGUACAACAUAUUAAUGCAAGCCCCUUUCUUGUAAAACAAAGCCAGUCCCCAAAGGCCUUUUGAAAUAAAAAAAGCUUUACCAACUGACAAAAGGAUUGAAUGGAUUAUGGUACUUAUGGUCUCCCCCAUCUGAAUCCUUUACAAUUGUAAAACGUCAUCUGGAAAGUCUGUGGUUCAAAUUAAGACAGUGAGAAAACCUGGCUGGGAUCAGCUUGAAGGAGUAAAAUGAUGGCUUCACCAAGUUCCACCUUCCUGCUGCCACUUCCCAGUAGAGAAGCAGUAGGCAGACCUUUCCACUGGCAAUGUUGACCUCCAAUAUCCACCACGAGUCUCAUGUGAGUGAACUUGGGACUUAUCCUACACCCUUUUUAUUUUAUACUAAAACGUGAUGACACAGUGAUUUCUCUCCUAGGGUUUUAGUAAAAAAGGCAGUGAAGUAGGGAAAUUUAUGCUUCAUGGACAAAUGUGUCUGUAUAUGUUUUCCCCCCUUUUGGCUUAAAAAAUGAUGUACUUUACAAGUAGUCAGAAAGGUAAGCAACCCAUUAUUGUCUCUGUGUGUUUGUGUGUGAAUAAGAAAGAGAUUUUUCAUUCCCCUGAGCUUGUUUCCAAGGAGAUUAUGCUGGGGCCCUCAAAUCAAUCUGGGAGUCAUUAAUCUUAUGAAAUUGGGACUUUUCAGAAUGAUACUUAUGGCUAGCCAUAGUGCAGGGAUUGGGAACCUAACUCCUCUCAGAGGUCUCAGUCUAGCCUUUUGUAGUUUCAUAGUGAUGCCCCCCUUUCCCCAUGACGCCAUCAAAUAGUGGUCUCUCAGCUCUUGCACAAUGAUUUUCUCAUUCUAAAAGGUUGAAGCAUUCCUUUCUGAAGCAUUCUUCUCCUAAUGCUUAGCUGCUGACAAUGAGAACUUUGAUAUUUUGGUACCAGUACUACCCUUUUAUCUUUGGCCAUGCCCAACACUGGAUUGUGCCAUCACAAACUUUGCUGAAAUUGAAUUUGGCUCUCAGCUAAGUGUAUUUCCCUACUCUUGUUGUAGUUCUGCAGCAGUGAGAAGGCACUCUGAAAAUGCUUUGAGGAACUAUCUGCUUUAUCCACAUAGUUAAAGUUCUAGGAUGAAUUCUGAUCACAACUGAUUCUACUGAUUCUGUUUAAGUAACAGUUGUCCCAUCAUUUCUACUAUGUUAACUCAAGCUGCUCUUUCUAGCCUAUUGUUUAUUUAUCUUUAUUUCUUUCUGAACAUGCACUUUUUGGGUUUUUCCUUCCAAAUAUAAAUCGUUGUAUCAGAUUGUAUGCCGAUAUACAAUCGAUGGACAAUCAUGUAUUUGUUUUGUUAUGUUACUAUACUAUCUGUUACUAUACUUUCUUCUUUCCCUGACCUCAUUCCUCUGUUAUUUCAUAUAUUUAUAACUUAAUCUUCUACACAACAAUAAAAAUGAGAUACAAAACCCAAGACAGUUUAACAGCAAGAAAAAUCCAGGAUUUCUACAGCCACAGCAACUGGGUUGAACUUGGAAAUCAGCAGAUCAAUCCAGAUCUAGUCCAGCCAGGCCAUGAAAUCAAGUCCAUUGCAGAAGCUGGCGUCCCAACCUGCAGUGACUGCACCGACUGGACGUGUGAAGGCAAUCUCUUGGACGAUGUGGCUUCUAAAGGGCUUUUGACUACUGGUUACUAUGGCAGCCAACCCAAAAAACCCAUUGGAAAAUGCAGCCAUGGUGGAAGGUUUGAUGACAGCCGACACAGAGAGCCUCGUGGUGGUAUUAAUAAGGAUAGUUCAUCCCUUUUCUUCUCACCCCACCACUACCUGCAUAAUGAAGCAGCUUUUCUGGCCCAAGAGGCCACCAAACAUUUCUUGGAGAAGUUGUGGCAAGAAAUAGGGAGCAAACAAUUCAUGAGGCUGCUGGAUAUCAGUCCAUCCACAGGCCUGAGCUUUGUUGUGGAUACCACUGGAAGCAUGGGAGAUGAGAUUAAUGCUGCCAAGUACCAGGCACGAGAGAUCAUUGACCAGCGACGUGGCACCCCUCAAGAGCCAGAUUUCUACAUCUUAGUGCCUUUUCACGAUCCAGAGUUUGGCCCUGUCCACAAGACCAGUGACCCAGAAGAAUUCUGGAAGAUAUUUGACAGAAUCAUUCCUCUGUCUGGUGGGGAUGAACCAGAAAUGUGCCUUUCUGCACUGGAGCUUGCCCUCCAGUACUCACCACCAUAUUCUGAGAUUUUUGUCUUUACUGAUGCGUCUGCUAAAGAUGCUCAUCUUAAGAACAGUGUGGAAUCUCUUAGCCAAGAAAAGAAAUGCAAGGUGACCUUCCUCAUUACAGAAGAUCCGUCUAGGACCCGGGCAAAACGGGAAACUCUUGCCCCAGACCGAUUUGACCUCUAUGUAGAGCUGGCUCACAGCUCAGGUGGGCAGAUCAUAUUUACAGAUGACAAGAACAUCCGACAUGUGGCUAAGAUCAUUGGUGAAUCCAGCAUAUCUUCGGUGACCCUAUUCCGCCACCAGAAGGGAAAUAUCUUCAGCCUUAAGGGGGUUCACCAGAAAAUAAAGAAACGGGCAACGGAGCUGGAGGUUCACCAGUUCUGGAUUGACAGCUUGGUGGACAAAGUGGUUGUAACCAUCCAAGGUGCCAUCCACGCCUUUGAAAUCUGGGAUCCUUCGGGUAAAGUACAGAUGAAUAAAUUAACUACUGGUCCCUUAGCCAAGAUUGAGUCCAUUGGUGGCAUCUACAGAGCAUUUCUUUCUUCCCCAGUCCAUGCUGGCAAAUGGACGUUAAAGCUUUAUUCCAGAGGCCAUUAUUCUGUUUAUAUCCAGGGUCAAAGCACCCUUGACUUCCUGUAUUACUUUGCUGUUCCAGUGGAUGGUCGCCACCCAGGGCUAUUUAUGAUGGAUAGUCACCCUGUAGAAGGUUUGCCUACUUACUUGGUUGUUAUGGUGAUGGGCCUGAAUCAAUCGGAGUCAGGAUCUGUUCAUCUCCAGGCUGUGAAUUUAGAAGGAAGGACAGGUAGUCUUGGGGAACUGGAACUUCAAGGAGGAGCCCAGAGAGCUGACCUGUUUGUGGCUGAGCUGCCUCCAACCUUACUGACCAGCAACAACUUCUCCAUAGUGGUGCAUGGUGUUGACAGUGAGGGCCGGAGGUUGGAGAGAGCUGCCCCACAAGCUGCCACCAUGGUGGGAUCUCUGUUGGAGCUGAGCAGAGACACUCCUGUGUUCCCAGGGAGGCUUGUUUCCAUCACUUGGAAGGUGAUGAAUCCUGGCUCAUCCAAGGAGUAUGAACUGAAAGUGAGCAGUGUCCCCCAAUUGGCUGCCAACAUCUCCAGUUCCAGGCUACAGUUGGGCUUUAACCAAACUGCAACAGGGCAGAUUUCCCUCCAUGUCCCCAAUACUACUACUCCUGGCUCAGUGAUCACUGUAACCCUGCAAGCCAACCUCCUUCACCCAGAUGGAGAUCCUGGUUUUGCACAUAUCUAUCUGCUUGUCAUGCCUCUGCCUCAGGUGCAGAUCUUUCCUUCCCCACUCUGCAGCGUUGCUUCUGCAGACGGUUCCUGUGACCCACCUCAAUCUCUUUGCCACAGCCAGCAUUGGACAGCUAUUUUGCGGAUCAGGGAUGAAGCUGGCAUUCGAUCAGUGCAAGUGGAAGGGGGUGCUGUUGUCCCUCACCAAGCUGAUGGACCUGCGGAGUUGGUCACUUACACUUCAGACUGUUGCUCGCAGCAGGCCCAGCUGAUAGUUACCAACCUUCUUGGAGAGACAUAUCCAUGCCAGGUGGCAGCACCACCUUCUACACGCCCUGGCAAAGCACUACCCAGGCCUCCUGAUGUGAAGGCAAGGGUAGGUCCAUCUCCUACUUCAGCCUGGUGGUGUUGGGCAUUGCUGACAGUCUUUCUGACAAUUGACUGGCUAGGAUUCUAAGGCUUCAGGAUAACAUCUGUCAAAUUACACAAGAAGAGCUCUUAAAGCAGAAGAUGCCCUCUCCUGGAAUAUUGUAGCAGUUCACUGAGCUACAGAAAGGAUUUGAUUAUAGGAUGCCAAGCAGAAGGACUGUUUCUGGGUAAUCGACUCCUGUGGGACACUUAUGGUCUACUGACAUUGAUUGGAUUGGGAUCCACAGAUGGUCAAUAUACAGGAAGCUGAAGGUCCUCCCAUUCCCUUGUCCGAUCUAAGCUACUCUUAAGUCAAGCUAGAUACAGACCAAGCAUCUCUACUGUUCAUGUGGGUUUAUGAAGCUGUCUUCUGCUGGAGAUGACUGGGUCUGCUAGCUUAGUACUGUUGAUCCAUCAGGCUGUAGAUCUCCAAAGUGAAUCUGUUGUCUUUUGGAGAUUGACUGUUUGAGAUCUUUUAACUGGUGAUUGAAACUGGGCUCCUGUAUGAAAAACAUAUGCACUAACACAGAGGUAUGAUUGUUCUCAGUAGGGAGCACCAUAGAGCCUGGUGUGGGGCCUGAACACACAGCCUUGCUGCUACGAAUUCUAUGCUAUGCUAUGAAUGGCUUCAUUAGACUUGGGAUUACUACUCCAGCACUCUGAGCUCACCAACAUCAUCUGCAGUGCCUUUCUCCUAUAUAUCUGUGCCUGUACCUUUUAAAAAACUCUUUGUCCCUCUUUUGAACUCUGAGUCUCAACUUGUCUGUUCCAGUUCUUAUUCUGCUUCUGCAUAUCUUUUGCAUAUACAUUGCCUUUUGACCUUGCCACCUGAAGUUCUUUUCCUUUCCAGCCAUUGCAUUGUUUGCCAGAGUGCCAAAGGGCAGAAGAUAAAUAUGCAUGUAGAUUGUCAAGUACUUAAUUACAUUUCUCUUUAGUGAGCAACAGUUUAAAAUAGGCCUACACACUUUUUCUUUUCAAAAAAGAAAGGGUAGACUCACUUUUUAAUAGGAAAGGUGACUGUUCAGAAGGAGGCCUAGAUUAUCUCUGAGAGUCCUUGGCCCCAGAGGGUCUUCUGUUGCUGCUUGGCCCAUAUUUUGUAGGUGGAUACAUUACUUGUGGUGUAUUCACACUGUACAAUUACAGAAAUUUUGGCUCCAUCCUAUGAAAUUCUGGGAAUUGUAGCUUCUUGAGGUACUUAUAAUUCCCUGCCAGAGUCCUAAUGCUGUAGUUCAGGGGAGUUUCUUAAAGAAUUGCUCAUCAAACUACAAACCCCAGGAUUCCUAAAUAUAUAUACACAGCAAUUAAAAUAGUAUCAAAAAGGAUUCCUAAAUAUAUAUAUAUACACAGCAAUUAAAAUAGUAUCAAAAAGCUGUAAUUCUACAGUGUGAACCAAGAUCAAAACCUUUGAACUUUUGUUCCAAGCGCCAAUCUUACUCCUCACAGAGGGCCAUUACUGCCUUACAACCCUUGGUCUAAACCAUAAUUCUUCUCAUUAAUGUUCUUUUUAAAAGACAUCUACACAGGUGGCUAUCUUUAUCAUGUGUUUGAGGAAACUCUUUUAUCAAGAGCGAAAAUUAUGCUGCUUAAUAAAAGCUGAUUGGAAUGAAUUCUUCACCUCAAUACGUGUAAAAAAAGCAACAUCCUUCCCCUCCGUGAGUACAAGUGUCCUAGUGUAACACCAGGUACAAGCUAAAGUAACGUUUUCGUUGUUACUAUUCCUGGACUCAUUGCCACUGCCUAAUCCUCCUACUGAAGAAAGACUGGGGUUUAGUGGUUUAAAAAAAAAUACAGCUCAGCUAAUUAUUCUGUUGGUGUCAUAGCUAGGAUCUUGUAAUUUGUGUUGCAAAUUGAUCUCCAGUUUUCAAACAUCUUUUAGGCCUUCUCCCUUAGUGAAUAAUGUCAAAAUGUCUACUUUUGAUCAAGGACCUGUUGUAUACUUUUGCCAUAAUAGGUACUGGUGUUUCCUGGAAGCACUUGUUUAAAUUUAUAGGGGAUACCAGUUCAAUCCAGCUCAUAGGUCUGGCCAUGGGGGAAAAGGCCUUCCUCUUCCUCACAGGCUUAUCAUGGCCUCCUUCUCUCAUUCAGCUUCUCCUUGUCCCCCACAGCCUCCUUUGAUUCACUCCUGAAAUUUCUUCCAAUGCUGUUGCUUGGUGUGCAGGAAGAAUUUGUUUUGUUUUGCUUUGCAUUGUAGUUAAAAUGGUGUUGGACGAAUCCUGUAGAUAUUCCCUUGCCUUGUAAUUGGGGGCAAGGAACCAGAGAUGUAAAUAAGAAAUUAUGUGUGCAUCUACUACUGCAGAGACCUCAGCUUUGGUCAAAUCUUCUACUUAUUUUCCCCCUCAGAGUUGACACUUGAGAAAUGGAAAUUGGGGUGGGGAAAUUAGUCCAUUUUGCUUCCUCCCAUAUUCAGCUUUUUAAAACCUUAAAUCCUUUCCCAUGAAUAAAGGUAAUUAUCAAAAUAAAAUUCUCCUUCGUCUAUACUAACCAAACUCAGUGGAACAGUUAUUUUUAUCACGAAGAGGACCUUGUUCUACUUUCCUCCCAUGCAGCUGUUAAAGAUGAUGACUUUAUUGAGAUAAAGAGAGAGAUACCAAUUCUAAUUCAGCAUCAUAAUCAUGGCUGGAUAUAUAGGGAUUUGAAACCCAGGCUUUUAAAGAGUUAAACAUACAAAGCCUUGGGCCAAAAUUAAUAGAAUGGUCAGUCUUACUAUCUCUCAGAUUUGAAUUUUUGUUAAUUCCAGAUCUUUACUUCUGUUGCAUGCAGAAAUCUGCCCCCCCAAGUUGUAAAUUCUCACCAAAAUGAGCUGAAUUAAAUUUUUCCCUCAUCCUUGCAACUUGAUUCCCACGAAUCCCAUCCUCUUUCUUUAUGUUAUACGUACUAAUCACAAGUUCAUAGUCUUUGUGCCUCACACAAUUGGAUUUGCACUGAAGUGUGUGAAGGCACAUGCAACCCCACAAAAGUAAGCAACCUGUUAUUGUGUUUAAUUCGAUUAGGGAAACAGAUAUGAAAGGCAAAAUGUUGACACCUUUCUUCAUGUGGGCUCUCUCACCAAAAUCAGGUGGAACAUCCCACCAACACACACCAACAACUAGAAGUGCUAUUAGUAGCAGGUUUCUUGGGAGGCACAACUUUUACUCAGCAACUCCUUCACAUUUGCUCUGAAGUAAAGGAGAAAAGUGUGAGGAGACCUGUUUAUAGAUAUCCCAUGUCCCAUUCAGUUUGGCCUUUGCUGGGUUGGCUUCUCUUCCCUAGAAUUCCUUUCAACUAAAUUUGAUCUGUAUAUUUUUGACUACUAAUCCAAAUGGCUCUUUCUAUUUUUAUGCAAAUUAUUUUUUUAUUUCCAGAUGUUUAGUUUUUGGAUGUUCAAGACUGAUAGGUUUCUGUUUAUAAAGAUAAUUAUGUUCAUAAAAGAUGUCUUUCCUUUUUUUUUAGUGUGUUGUCAAUAAAUUCAA